GAUGCUGCUGCGCCUGCUGCUGGCCUGGGCGGCCGCGGUGCCCACACUGGGCCAGGGCCCCUGGGCCUCGGAGCCCCAUGCCACCUGCGGCCCAGCGAGCUGCUACGCACUCUUCCUGCGGCGCAACACCUUUCUGGAAGCCUGGAGGGCCUGCCGAGAGCUGGGGGGGGAUUUAGCCACACCGCGGACGCCAGAGGAGGCCCAGCGCGUGGACAGCCUGGUGGAGACCAGCUCGGCCAGCGGCUUGCUGUGGAUCGGCCUGCAGCGGCAGCCCCGGCAAUGCCAGCCGCAGCGCCCACUGCGGGGCUUCAUGUGGACCACGGGCGACCAGGACACAGCCUUCACCAACUGGGCCCAGCCAGCCACGGCCGGGCCCUGCCCGGCCCAGCGCUGCGCAGCCCUGGAGGCGAGCGGGGAGCACCGCUGGCUGGAGGGCUCGUGCACGCUGCCCGUGGACGGCUACCUGUGCCAGUUCAGCUUCGAGGGCGCCUGCCCAGCGCUGCCAGGUGAGGCGAGCCAGACAGGCCCGGCCGUCUAUACCACGCCCUUCCAUCUGGUCUCCACCGAGCUGCAGUGGCUGCCCCUGGGCUCCAUGGGGGCCGUGAAGUGCCAGGCGGGGGGAGAAGCCUCUCUGCUCUGCAUGAAACAGCCCGAGGGGGGUGCGGUCUGGUCCCAAGCCGGGCCCCUGUGCCCCAGCGCCUGCGACCUGGACAACGGGUCCUGCGAGCAGGAGUGUGCGGCCGCGUGGGACGGGCGCGCGUCCUGCCGCUGCGCCGAGGGCUUCUGGCUGGCCGAGGACGGGCGCGGCUGCGAGGACGCCUGCACGCACGCCCCCUGCGAGCAGCAGUGCGAGCCCGGCGGGCCGCAGGGCUACAGCUGCCACUGUCGCCUGGGCUUCCGGCCCUCGGAGGACGAGCCACACCGCUGCGUGGACACGGACGAGUGCCAGAUCCCCGGCGUGUGCCAGCAGAUGUGCGUGAACUACAUCGGCGGCUUCGAGUGCUACUGCAGCGAGGGCCACGAGCUGGAGGCGGACGGCGUCAACUGCAGGCCCGCUGGGGCCGUGGGCGCCCCGGCCUCCCGGGGUCUCGGACACCAGCUGGAGGACGAGGAGGGUGAGGAGAACGAAGAGGACGAGCGGGACGAGGAGGACGAGGGGGACGAGGAGGACGAGCGGGACGAGGAGGACGAGGAGCAUUCGCCUGACUACGGCCUGGCCUACGGCCCCGGCAGCCCAGAGACCAGAGAGCAGCUGAUGUCCUUCCUGCACCCCACAGGGCCACCCCUGCUCAGUGCCCCCAGGGACCCCUACCGCUCCGCAGUGCUCUCUGCCACCCGGCCCACAUGGCCGUCCGCCCUGCUCCCAUUCCCGGCCCGUGCCAGGGACGCGGCUUUGCCCGCCGACCGCCGGCGCUCCAUGUCCCCGACCAGCGCUCCAUACCUGCCUGCGGCCCGCCCGCGCCCUGUGACCUCAACCAGACAUCCUGAAAUGUCCCCUGCCCGCCCCUCCCCAAUGUUCCCAGACACCCAGGCCGCUGACACCCAGACCGCCACUCAUUUGUCUCCCCCCCCAGCUAACCACACCCCUCUUGCCAGCACCUAUCCUGCCCGCCAGCCCCCGGGGACGCCAGACCUCAAAGCCUGGGCCAGCCCCUUUCCCAUUGCCUCCACUGUUCAGCAGCCCCUGGCCACUCCUUCCAGGCCCCCCAGAUUCCCUGUCCAUCAAGUCCCCUUGCCAGCUGUCACCCAGCCCCAAGUCCUCCACACUCUCCUGUCCUCGCACAGCCCGACUCAUCAGGCCUCACCCACCAGCCCGACACACGCCCCUCCCAAAGUCCCACAGGCCCCGAGGGAAGGCGCUCCUGAGCCCACACUGGCCCCACACCUGGCCCCAGCGGCGGGCCCCACGGCAGCCCCAACGGCCCUCGGGGAGGCCAGUCCAGCAGGUCGCAGCCGAAGGGAUGACCGGUGGCUGUUGGUGGCACUCCUGGUGCCAACAUGCGUCUUCUUGGUGGUCCUGCUCGCACUGGGCAUUGUGUACUGCACCCGCUGUGGCCCCCACGCACCCAACAAACGCGUCACUGACUGCUAUCGCUGGGUCACCCACACAGGGAGCAAGGGCUCCACGGAACCUGUGCCCCACAGGGGCAGCCUCACAGGGGUGCAGACCUGCAGAACCAGCGUGUGAUGAUGGGGUGCCACGCCGCCCUCUGCAGGGUGUGCAGGGGGAAGGGGCAUGCAUUGGACACAGGGCCCAGGCUGCACCAGGGACCCAUGGGGGCUGCUCCUUUGGACACAGGACUUCCUGCCUGUCCCCCCACUCCCGGGGCCCAGCCGGGCUGCUCUGUCAGUAAACUCUUGGAAACUGCUCCCCAGCCCAACAGAGGAGACACCGAAGCCCCCAGGACCUUAGGGGCGGGGUGCUGGGGUCUUCUCCAAUAAAUGGGAUGCUAACCUCACCCAAUGCUCCUGACCUUGUUGGUGCCCGAAGGGAGGGUCUGGGAGGACUCGGAAACAAAAGAGCUUGUCUGGGCCCCAAAGGAAAUAAGGUAAGACUCUUAAGCGAGGGUAUUAUCCAGAUUCCCAGGAAUCUCGCUGGAGCCCAGAGAGGGCAGAGCCUUGCUCAGGGUCACACAGCAAGCCCAGGAGCAGGGGGUUUGGCGUGGGGAGAAUUCCAUAUUUGUUUCUCUUUUUGCCAAAACUCCAAGGAGGUGGGGCUGAAUCUGAGGGAGGGUUCUACAAUGUGGGUUUCUCCUGAAUGGGAGCCAAAUGGGCUUAGAGAUGAAAGGUAAGUCCUGGGCUUGGUGAAGGGGUCUAGCCGGUGAGCUGCUGACUUCUUCUGGCGUCUCCCUUGCCCGCCUCCCACCCCUGCCCCAGGCUGCACAGAAGGUGGUGGCUAGGGCUGAGAGUCACUCAAGGGUACUGUCCCCCCCUGGGUUGUAGGUACUCUGGAGGUUUUCCUCCACUCAGCGCUGGGGGAGAGGUGUGAGCCCCAGUCUAGCACUAGGGUCAGGAAAGCAGGGAACCCAAGAGAGUAAUCCCACAUCCAAUGCUCCCUGGGUAGCUACCAGAACAAGGUCUUCCCACUUGGGGUCACACUUGGCCCCUCUCCUUAUAGGGGUGCCUGGACAGAGAGAACCCAGGGGGCCCCAGCUGGAGUGGGCAGUCAGGCCGGUCAAGUUUGAGGUGUCUCCUGAUAGUGGCAACCUCCUUCAUCCUGGGCUCCCUGCUUUGGGGAGGAGGAGAGACAGGACCUGGGCUGGGAGGCGCCGGUUCCCACCGCCUCUGUAAUUUUUCAGUUGCAGCCUCUAAGGGACCUCUAAUUAGGCCAGGACAGAGUCACCACGACCACCCGGUCAGGCGAAAACGGGUGGCCGGGGCCCCCUUCCCUACCCGUAUCCUAUGCCACCCUUUGCCUCCGGGCACUGGGUGAGGGUUGGCAGACAGGGCGCGGC